UGCUCUCCUCGGUGGGCGUGCGGGCCAGCUUGUGCCAGAAGUGCAAGUGCAAGGCGCAUGGUCGCGUCUGGUCCGUCCCCGUGAGUGCCUGCGCAUCGGGGGGGGCAUCGCUCUCUGCAGACGUCGUGGGCAAGCUGGUCGUCACGGGCGACUUUUGGCCAUCCGCGUUGCUGGUCUUCGAAGAAACUGAGUGCUACGAGGCGGUUCGCCGACACGUGACAGCAACCACCGCUGACUCGAUGGCGCGGUCCCUGUCUCAACACCCUCGCUUGGGCGAGUUGUCCGGCUCUGAGCGGGCGGUGCUGCUCCGGGCAUUCGACCGCGCUGCGGAUCUUGCCCCAGAUCCGCAGACGUUCGGGUCACUGCUGUCGGCGUACGCAAACGCCGUUUGGACGCCGCUUUGCGUCGACCUGUCAAGGUAUGCGUUGGCGGCCACAGGGGCCGUUCUCAACAUGGAUUUCAGCGCGUCCGAUUGUCGGCAGUUGAGCUGCCGAGCGCUCGGGGGCAGGAACCAGCGCAAGCGGGUCUUUGGGGGCCUUGCCGCACUCGAGGAUAUACCGCCUCUGCCGCCACUGUAUUGUCCGAUUGAGAAUCGGCCCCAGAAAGAGAAGCUCCUCCUGACUGCGCUCACGUUGAUGCAGCUGGACGGCGCUCGGCCAAUGGGGGCGAACACAGACAAUUUGGCGGCGGAUUUCUCGAUGAUGGUGUCGUGUCUGCAGGCGGCUCUGCCUCCUGGCACUGUUGUCAUGCAGGACAGCCCCGCGGAUGAUUUUAUCCGCGCGCAGAUGGACGCCGGCCGCAUCGUCGUCGACCGCUCGACUUACAAGGUGUUUGGCUUCGAGCUCGGCGAGGACGCGCAGGAUGAAUUGCUGUAUGCCGCUGCCGAUGCCGCCGAGGGACGGGGGCCAGCGCAACCAGUAGCCAAUCUCCCCAGCAUCCUCUCUGCGUACUUCCGUGCACAGCGGCUGCCGCAGACCGCCCUGAAGAUGGUCCAGGCCAGGGCUUCGGACAAGUGGACGCACCCAGAUAACGGUGCAAUCCUGCCGCCGUGCGCCAAGGCCGUGGUGAUUGACGAUAUCGCGCGUUGGGCGAACCCGGGGGUUCCGCGCGCAGAGGCGACGGCGGUCGCAUAUCGCGCCUGCUGCGAGUCUUUCCCGACUGCCGAGUCGAUCCGAUCAGAUCUACAAGGCCUGAUGAACUUAUUGCGCUUGCCGUGUUUUGCUGGCGUGCCGCGGGAUGCCGGCACCGCGUGGCACCGGGCUCAGCAUGCGUAUUUGCUGAGGUUGCAGAAGCGGCGGCCCGUGAUGCGACGAGAAGACAGCGCCCAGCCGGCAGCGACAAGCCUCCAAGCUGUUCCAGCGGGUCACCAGCCGUUCUGCGAUGCUGUCCAGGAGCAAUGCAAGGACGUCCACGUCCACGGCCUGCUGGCGGCAUUCCGUAUCAAGGCCUGGGCCCAUGCCCACGGGUUUGACAUCAGCCUCGGCAGCAUUGGGGUCGAGCGCUUAUGGCGCAACAUCCAGCGGCAG